AAAACCUGUUUCUAUUUAUGGAGGGCUUAACUGCUUUCGUUUCGAGAUUUGACGAGGAAAAACAAGAGAAGCAGCCAAGGCAAAGUACCUCUACAACGGAGCAAAGCCAAGCAGACAAUAUGCCUUCCGCUGGUUCCUCAGCAGCGAGAAGGUCACUGCCAUUCAGCAUUGAAGAAAUUCUGAGUGACAAGCGACACUCAGUAACUGAUCGGCAAGAAAACAUUCCCAGAGAAGAUGUACAGAACAAGCUAAAUGACUAUAGUUUGCAAGGUAAGAAGACCUGACCUUUCGUAGAACAGAAGGUCGCAAAACUGAUUGAGAUGAAACCAAUAUUUUUUAAGGGAGAAAUAUCUGUCCCGAUUCCACUAGCUGAUUGUAACGACGUGAUUUUGUAAUUGUUUCCAGUAUUAAAUUAUAACUUUCAAACAUUUUUUAAUGGCUGGUGAUUAGCCAAGCAUUGAUAGUAAUGCUACAAUUUGAUAUUAAUUUCAUUUCAAGCAUUCCAAUUUCAAAUGGUAAUUAUCGUUCAUGAACAGUUAGUAAAUUCAGUAACAGAGAUCUUGUGUUAAGUUUUCAGUCAUUUCCAUCGCUAAAUUUAGGCCCCACUCUUCAAAAUCCCCCCACCUGAAAUGUAAUGGAGGCCAAUCGGUAAAAAUGCCUGAGUGACGUUUUUAAAUCAUGAAGAUAAUCUCUAAAGAUUUUAAUCGUUUCUGCCUUUGAAUUUGUCUCUCAUUUUUAUUUCAUGAAGAAAUGAUCUAGACAGACGCAGGUUUUUCUUAAGAAUGCAACAAUUCGCCCAAUAAAAAUGAGGUAGUUUAAAAAAAGUGAUAAAAAUUUAUAUGUGAAUCGCAUAUAUCGCGGCCCAUGGUAGUGAAAUUGAAUUCUCUAUGAUAUCAUGAUCUGUGUUACGUUUCGUCGUAGCAAUUAAGCUGGUUAAACUAGUGUGAUCUAUGAAACAAAUGCCCUGAACUUGGCUGAGCUAAUUAAGUGACCGAAUUUAAGCCUAUUAACCAUUUUUUUCUCUGACACUGUACAUGUUGACUAGUUGUGUGGAUUAAGUUGCACCAGAUUACGAGUCUGGGGAUCAUUCGAGGUGUGACGGCGUUCAAAUAAAAGCUACUGAGCAACACUUUACUAUGGUUCUACUAAUUAUGUUAUACAAGGAAAUUGUAUGACACUUGAGUCUGAACAUCAGUUAUUAUCAAGGUGAAGGCUUCUGAUCUGUACUUCUCGUGGCAAUUUUUAGCUGUACAAGGUGGCCCUAUUCUCUACGGUUUUCUAGUCUGUGGAUGAGUGUGACCAUUCAAAUGAAAGCUCAGUACUGAUCAAUACUUUCCUGUGGUUCUGUUUAUAUUAUGCUGUAUUCGAGGCCCUACCAAGGUAAAUUCCGACAAGCGACAUGACCCAAAAAGUAGCAACAGAGCAUAAAAUGAAAUCGCCACAAGAGACAACCUCCCUCGGCCAAAUUGCGACAAAGCGACAAAGAACGGUGGUUUGGCUAAUUUAUCACCAGUCUGAAUGCCAAGAAGAAAAAAUUUUAAUCAGUUUUCCAUGCGCUUCAGAGAGCGUCUCUUGUCGGCAGUGAACCUUAGUGGACCCUCCUGUGUUACGUUAAUUGUGAAUGGCGAUGUAUACGUGUUCGAUACGCGAAGUGUUUACUGAGAAAUUGCAGAACUGUAAUGGUGUCUGUAAAACGCAUCGCUAUUCCCCUAUUUUAAAAUUCCGACGAAGACGAAGAAUUUUCAUUCUAUUUCCGACAGCUACGUAAAGCUUUUAUAAACACCGACACGAAACGUUUUAAAAUUCAGGCGAGCGACUAACACCCUCCCUGGCGGGGCCUCUUAUUAGGUACCUGCUAACUUUUGAGUCCUUGGAUGAAAUCCUCCAGUGUGACCGUUCAAAUAAAAGUUACUGAGCAGUACUUUCCCGUGGCACUGUUUAUUAUGCUAUACAAGGUGGCCCCUACGUUUUUAGUCUGUGGAUAAAGUCCUAACAUGUGACCAUUCAAGGGAAAGCCACUGAGCAGUACUUUUCUGCAUGUAACGCUGUUUAUUAUGCUGUACAAAAUGGCUCUCGGGAGCCUUAUCAAACCGUAAGCACGCGUUUAUUUCAUAAUAUAUAGAUUUAGCCAGGGCUAAAAGCGAAGCUCUGGUUAAUAAUACGUGUAAACAAAAAAAAUUAAAUCGUGUAACGCUAAACGGGGGACGACAAUGAAAAUGGUUUCAAGACUUUAGAAUAGAUCUAAUUAGCAAAAAAACAAAUUGCACGUGCAGCACUUUUUCUUCUAAUUAGCAAAAAGCAAAUUUCCACGUGCAGCACGCUUUUUUGUCUUUCCCUUGCCGCUGUUUUGCACGACUACAACACUGUUUUGUACGACUAUAACGUCAAACUUCCUAGUUACACACUAUUUUUAUGGAGAAAUUGUCGUAUGUGUUUACCCAAUACUUUGCUUCCAGUGUUCAUGUUCGCUUUUAUUUUUCACUGCCGCUCAUUUUCACCUCGCUGGCCGCAAGCAUUUCUCAUUUUCUCACCGCCGCUUUGAAUUUCCACGUUUUUCUUCCAACGAAUUUUCAAUAGCUCGCUCUAGCUCUUUCUCUGUUAUCCACGUUAGUGUACACAUAAAAAAUAACGCCGAAAAAGACACGACUUUUUUCUUUGUAAAAGUCCGGGCGGCCAUGUGAUUUCCUUCCAAAUAACCUUGAGUUGCAUUUGGGUUCCCAUACCUGUUGAUUGAGUUAUUUUACAUUGGUAUGCCUGUGGUGCGGACGGACGGUCGCUCGCUCGCUCGGUGUAUGGUCACGUGAUUACCAAAUUUUCUGGGAUGGGUAGAUUACCACAUUUCCUUACCUAUGGGGCUCCGCCCACGCGCGCGCUUCGCGCGCGGGUGCAGCUCCGCUAUUAGGUAUUUUGAGAACGGACCUCUGGAGCCAGCGUACUAUUAUGAUCACCAAGCGCUUGCCAGCUGAUACUCUCAUCUUGGCUUUAUUUCAAGAAUAUGAUGAAGGAAAAUACAGUCCGAGAUAGAAGUUGACGACAAAUUUUGGACCAGUAGUAUACUGCUCCCGUCGACUGUUUGUUUCUAAAUAAGGUCACUCUAGGGGAACUUGAGUCUUUUCGAAACUAUAUAAGGGCUUCAGUAUUAUUUUUCAGAAAAUUUUAGAUGUAAUUUAAAGCUUUACGAAGGUGAGGAUCUCUUUUUGUAUUCUUCUCUCGAUCCAGCGCGUUUUCCAAUCGAAAAUGUUAUGUUUCCUUUUUCUACGAAAUAUAGCUUAAACUGGGGAGUGAAAUGUGAAGAAAUAAACUUCAGAAAAUCGUAGGGAAUUUAUUAGAUAUGCUUCAAAAAUUGUGCAAGAAUGGAACGGUCAUCUAGAAAUCAGUGUUAGCACGGUCCGCAACUCGUAAUAGAAAAUUCUAGCUAGUCAAUAUUUGCUUCUCCGAACAGAUAUUUUACAGAAAACAUUGUGUUAAGCGGCCCGGACUUGCCGGUACCCGCUUAAUGGAGGUUCACCUCAUUAUUUAAAAACAAUCUACUUCGGCUAGACAACUCAACUUAAAACAAGUUAAGUAUUCGGUAGUGGGAACAUGCGUUAGCUAUCUACAUAUAGUGGCCUUAUGAUUUUCCAAAUGAUUAUUUAAUCAACUGCAGAAGAAUCGCCUAUCAGACGUUCCCAUCGAUGCAAGCCCCCGAGAAACAGAAAAAAUUUUACCAGAGAACAGUUGAGAGAGUUGGAGAAACUAUUUGACCAGACACAUUACCCAGAUGCUGUGACACGAGAAACAUUGGCUAAGAGAAUGGGCCUGUCGGAGGCCAGAGUUCAGGUAUUUGCAUUAGUGUAGUUAGAAUUUACAUAUUAUAGGAUAUUAUACGAAUAAAGUAUAGAUGAAUUGAUUAUCACUACGAAAUAGGUCGAUUUAUUUCCUCAAGCAAAUAUUUGUUAGGUAACUAUAUUACUCAAAUCUAGACCAAAAGAAAGCCCUCGACAAAUGCAAGUAGAAAGCCUAUUUGAGCAAUGUUCAGACUGUUGUGAUAGUAAACAGCGUUUCUCAUUCCCUUUAUUAAGGAAAAAGCCACGAGGACCAAAUUGGGUACUUAGAAAAAGUUUAUGUUCAGCACAAGGGAGCCGAGGUACUCUAGAUUCUUUGGAGAAACCAAAAAAAAAUGACUUGUCUGGCUUCAACCUGACUGCGACAUUAUUUGCAGCUGAAUAGAGGUCGGAGGCAGCAGAAGCUGCGUUAUCCUCUUCCAGCUGACACGUAACGGGGCUUGUCCGCUGAACGAGAAUAACGUAGCCUUUGGGGACAAGACUGCUACCAAAAAGGGUUUGACUUGCAGUCUGUUUUUAGAUUUUUUCCCGGGAAAUUCACUGUGUUCACAAACGUCUGCACAAUAUACUGCUAAUGAUCUUGAUAGAGACCUCUCGGUCUACACUGGGCUUUACUGAUUAUGAAACGGCCCUACUUUGCUCUAACUAUAUUAUGUUUUUCUUUUUUCGCGCGAAGGUUAAGUUGUAAAUCAGAUAUUCUUACACGCACGGAUCACGGGUGAUGGGUUCCUGUGAAGAUAUGGCUUUUAUUAUUGAUUUGUCGGGAAAAGAGAACCCAAACUGUCGGACAGUAUUGGUUUCGCAUUGUCGCUUUCUGUUGUUAAAAAUGGUUGUAAUUUGUAAAUUCACAGAUAUGGUUUCAAAACCGUCGAGCGAAGUGCCGUCGUCAGGAAGGCUCGGAUAAACGCGGCUUCGUUGUCCCAGCAGCAGAAACUUACAAACGUCCCAAUCAGGUGACUCAACUGCAGGCGCCAUUUACCCAGAAUUCAUAUGGUGCAGGAUGCGUGGAACGCCUGUGCAUGUGCAGCCAAGCCAGUUUCCUAGGAAACGACUAUCACGUGAACUAUGGUCGUCAGUUUCAUCAACAAACAAGUAUUGAGGACUUGAGGCGCAAAGCUCGUUAUCACCUUUGGAGUGGACAAAAUUAACUUUUCAUAAUGAAAUCAUGGAAACACACAAUUUUUGUUCCCCG